CGUUCUCCCUCCCAACCCCCAUCGACCGCGCGAUACAGACGAGCGACAGACGAGAUGAGCACCGAGACGGCGAAGCGAGCGACUGCUGAGCAGAUUAAGGCGUUCAUUGCCGGUGGGGUUGGCGGCGUGUGCGCGGUACUUGUCGGUCAUCCCUUCGAUCUCACGAAGACGCGACUGCAGACCGCGACGGAGGGGACGUACAAGGGCGCGGUUGACGUCGUUCGCAAGACGCUUGCCAAGGAUGGUGUCACUGGAUUGUACCGCGGUGUCGUUCCCCCACUCCUUGGUGUCACCCCGAUCUUUGCAGUGUCCUUCUGGGCCUACGAUGCGUCCAAGAAGGUCGUCUUCGCCCUCACACCGAAUCGCAAAUCUGAAUCCUUGUCAACUGCCGAACUCGCCACUGCUGGCUUCCUCUCCGCGAUCCCCACCACCCUAGUCACCGCGCCCGUCGAGCGCGCGAAGGUGCUGCUCCAGGUGCAGGGGCAAGGUGGCGCAGAGCAGAAAUACAAGGGCGUCUUCGACGUGAUCGGGCAGCUGUACAAGGAGGGCGGCCUGAAGAGCAUCUUCCGCGGCUCAGCAGCGACCAUUGCGCGCGACGGGCCUGGCAGUGCAGCGUACUUCGCCGCCUACGAGGUGACCAAGAAGGCACUGACACCCGCCGGCCACACCCCGGCUGAGCUGCACCUCGGCUCCAUCAUCACCGCGGGCGGUAUGGCUGGUGUGGCGAUGUGGGCAAUCGCGAUCCCGCCAGACGUGUUGAAGUCGCGUAUACAGUCCGCGCCAACGGGGACGUAUAACGGUAUCUUGGACUGCGCGCGCAAGACGAUAGCGCAGGAUGGUGUGGCAGCGCUGUGGAAGGGCUUCGGACCGGCGAUGGCGAGGGCUUUCCCCGCCAACGCGGCCACCUUCCUUGGUGUAGAGUACUCCAGGCAACUCCUUGACAAGCUCUUCUAGGUGGAGGAUGAUCUACACUGAUGAGGGAGAAGUGCUUGGUUUUGUAGCAAUGCCAGUGAUAUCCUGCAACAAUAAAUUAUACCUCAAGCAUACCGCACCCCAGA